CCAAGCCCGGGUUAUACUUAUACAAACGGCAUCUUCAUUCCCAUCGUAUAAAAGAGCCUUCAAGUUUUGCUAUUUUUUUCAUCAUCUUCGUUAUCCUCGAUUAUCCUACUUGUAAAAAAGCCGUCCGCUUCUAUGAAUUAACACUCGUCAACUACCAGCCAGCAGCACUAGCACUAGCUUAGAUUUUGAAUCAUUGAGAAAGUAGUAGAAGAUAGUGCUGAAGGAGGACAAGAAUGGCCGUCGAAUUCGACGAUCAUGAUGACGAGGACGCACCCCAACAGGCACCAGGAGGGAAUAAGAAAGACCCGACGCAGGCAACAAAAAGUAUAGUUUGAUGUAAUUGGCAUAUGAAAUGAAUAGAGAGCCUCGAAAUCGAGUACUAUAGUCGUCAAAUGUACCAUGUAGUCGCGCUGUUGAGAACAAAGUAGACGCAAGAUGAUGAAGGUGGCCGUGACGUGAAUCAUGCUAGAGCCAGAAAAACUUUGACGCGGUGGCUUCGAUUCAAUCGAAUUGCCAGAUGAAAAAAAUGAUGUGCGGACUGUCCGCUACUGCCUUAUCGCGCGCCCAUCAUUCAAAGACACCAUCAUGAAAAUCCACCUCCGCCAGCCCUGAUCGGCACUGCUCGAACCAAGCUCGACGCGACACGUGUGCAGCUGGAUGCCAACAGCGAAAAAGUGCAACUCCUGAAGAGCGAAUUCAAGACUCUGAAGAGACAAAACGCCCAUUUGACCAAGCAGCAACAGGGGAGUCUACAGGAACUGGAGAGUGGACUUGGAAAAUGGUGA